UUUACCGCCUUCUCAUCUCCAAAAUCCGCACCUCUCUUUCUGUGUCUCCGCAUACGACGAAAGCAGCGAGUAAAUGCGAGGGUUCGACGAGCCCCGACCCCAAAUCUAGUGCUUGUCCGUCGACGGAGCUCCGAUCCGCCAGCUGCCAAUCCCUUCCUGAGCUCCCCUCCUGACGAGGUGAUGAGCUGAGCCAUGGGCUGCGUCCUCGCCAAAGAGGCAUCCCUUAGCCCCACGCUCUCCUCCUCUGGCCGCAGACGGCGGGAGAAGAAGCACACCGUCGCCGACGGAAGCAAAUCCCAGGCCGCCCUCCCUGGGAUCGAGAUCGCAUGGCAGGAGGACGCGGAGUGUCCGGAUGGGAAACGUCACUCGCGGCGCAGGCGGCAAGGACCCGACCCCAGACUGAGCAGCUCCCCUGGCCACGUCCACGGCGAGCUGGUGGCUGCCGGCUGGCCCUCCUGGCUCUCCAAUGUCGCCGGGGAGGCCAUCAAAGGCUGGACACCCCGGCGUGCUGACACAUUUGAGAAGAUCGACAAGAUUGGGCAAGGGACCUACAGUAAUGUGUACAGGGCGAGGGACAUGUUGACGGGCAAAGUUGUGGCAAUGAAGAAGGUCAGGUUUGAUACCAUGGAGCCAGAGAGUGUCAAAUUUAUGGCGAGGGAAAUCCUUAUUCUGCGGCGGUUAGAUCAUCCUAAUGUGGUGAAACUGGAAGGUCUUGUCACGUCCAGGAUGUCCUGUAGUUUGUAUUUGGUGUUCGAGUAUAUGGAGCAUGACCUUGCUGGUCUUGCUGCGAAUCCCAAAAUCAAGUUCACUGAGCCUCAGGUGAAGUGUUAUAUGCAUCAGCUGUUGUCAGGAUUAGAGCACUGUCACAGUAAUGGUGUGCUGCACCGUGACAUCAAGGGCUCGAAUCUUCUAAUUGACAAUGAAGGGUUACUUAAGAUUGCGGACUUCGGCUUGGCUACAUUCUUUGAUCCUAACCAUAAGCAUCAAAUGACCAGCCGAGUGGUCACUCUUUGGUACAGGGCGCCAGAGCUUCUCUUGGGAGCCAUUGAUUAUGGUGUGGGUAUAGAUCUUUGGAGUGCGGGCUGCAUUUUAGCUGAGUUGUUAGCUGGCAAACCUAUUAUGCCUGGGAGGACCGAGGUUGAGCAGCUGCAUAAGAUUUUUAAGCUUUGUGGCUCCCCUUCAGAGGACUAUUGGAAGAAGUCAAAGUUGCCGCAUGCCACAAUUUUCAAACCCCAACAACCAUACAAACGUUGCAUAAAGGAGACAUUUAAGGAUUUUCCACCAUCAUCAUUACCAUUAGUUGAAACUCUUCUGGCAAUUGAUCCAGCUGAACGUUUAACUUCCACUGCUGCACUAAAUUGUGAAUUCUUCAGUACUCCACCAUAUGCAUGUGAGCCAUCGAGCAUGCCAAAAUAUCCUCCAAGCAAGGAGAUGGAUGCUAAAUUGAGGAACGAAGAAGCGAGAAGGUUGAAGGCUGCUGGUAGGAAGGCCAAUAGCAAUGUUACAAAGAGAACACACACAUUUAAUCGAGCGAUUAGGGCAGUUCCACCCCUGGAGGCCAAUGCUGAGCUCCAAGUUAACCUUGAUAGAAGGCAUCUGAUCACACAUGCUAAUGCAAAGAGUAAGAGUGAGAAGUUCCCACCACCACACCAGGAUGGAGCACUUGGCUACCCAUUAGAGUCCUCAUAUCAUAUGGAUCCUGCAUUUGACCCCCCUGAAACUUCAUUCAGUACAGUGUUUCCCCACCAGAAAGGGGGAGUGACAACAUGGUCUGGACCAUUGGUUGAUCCUGUUGCUGUGGGCGACUCAGGACGAAAGAAACAAUCUGCGAUCAAGUCUUGGAUGCCUGCUAAAAGAAAGCAGCCUGUUGGUGCCAAUGCUACCAAUGAAACUCACAAAGGUACGGGCAUUUCUCUAGUCCGAUAACAUGCAGGCCAUACGACCAGGCACUUGUUUAUUAGUUGAGCAUUGUCAAAUGCUGGUGUAGUAAGUUAGAAACCCUAUUAGUUGGUUAUGGAGCUAAAAUAUAGCUCCCUGUAUCCCCUUUGUUCAUUGUUUUCUGGUAUAUCUGCUAAAUUUUUGGAUGGUUGGCGUUGAGAUAGAGGACUAAAAAGAAUUGUCAUCAUAUAUAUUCUUUUCUUGUUUCUUGUCCUUAAAUUCUCGUAUCAAAUACUGGAUUUUGGCUUA